UCACUUACAACACAUUCAUUCACUUAAGAGAGAGAACUCUGCGAACUUCACCAUUGGCAAGUUCAAAACAUUUGAAACCAUUUGCAAAAGGACAAACACGUUUUUUUGCAAGUUUUGCCACAACUUUUAUUUUAGAACUUUUUAUUUUCUUGUCACCAUGGGCUUUUUGACUGCUCUUUUCGGUAUGACACUUGUUGCUUUGUGUCAAAUCUUUGGCAGUUACCAUGUAAAUGCGGGGAUGUGCUGGCUGCAGCAGAGCCAGGAGCAGCGCUGUGACAUGGUGCUGAUGCGUGGGGUCAGCAGGGAGGAAUGCUGCGCCGGGGGCCGUCUAGACACGGCCUGGUCCAACACCAGUCUGCCCAUCAAUGAGGUCAGCCUGCUGGGCUUCCUGGGAAUCGUGUCCUGCAAACUCUGCAAAGAGACCUGUGAUGGUGUGAAAUGCGGCCCAGGGAAGGUGUGUAAGAUGAUGGUUGGACGUCCUCAGUGUGUGUGUUCUCCUGACUGCACUAACAUCUCCAUAAAGCAUGCUGUGUGUGGGAGCGAUGGGAAGUCCUACCGUGAUGAGUGUGCUCUGCUGAUGGCCCGCUGUAAGGGCCACCCUGAUCUGGAGGUCAUGUACCAGGGAGAAUGCAAAAAGUCGUGCUCCAACGUGGUGUGCCCGGGUACCCACACCUGUGUGACGGACCAGACUAACAGUGCCCACUGUGUCAUGUGCCGCAUGACCCCCUGCCCAAUACCGCUGAAGUCCGAGGUGCCUAUCUGUGGCAAUGACAACAUCACCUACCCCAGCGCCUGCCACCUCCGCAGAGCCACCUGCUUUCUGGGGCGCUCCAUAGGAGUGCGUCACUAUGGCAACUGCUCUAGUGUUCCGAGGAACAGUAUGGAUUUGGAGGGCAGUGAGGAGAAUUCACUCUAGAGGGACAGUUCUGGUGUGGUCCACCUGGUACUACAGUCCACCUGGUACUACAGUCCACCUGGUACUACAGUCCACCUGGUAAGAAGAUUUCCAAGAGAUCACCUUCGAUAGGUUGUUGUCCCGCUGUUCACUCCCCAAGCUCUGAUUGAUGUUGACAUCAUUUUUACAAUCACCUAUCCCCUCCAUCUCUACCACCUGUACAUAGAAUGACGAUACAUUUGAUGUGGGAGAACCUGCUGGAAGAAACCAUUUUUAUUCCAAAAGGAAACCAAUACUGCAUUUGUUGAUGCAUGCAAUGUAUGUUAAAUGGGAUGAUUUGCUCGUAAAACUGUGGAAACAGAUGAAAGGCGUAUAUCUUAAAAAAUAAAUAUCUAGUCGACUUUGAGUAGAGGAAGAUAUGUGUAUAUUGUAAAUAAAUACCACUACUAUUUAUUGGAGAAGGUAUCAAAUCUGUUAUAUUUAUGUUUUUACUCUGUAUUCAAAUCCAUAUAUCCAUAGGUCAGCUUUUACAAAAAAAUGUAUUUAUUGUAUUUUGUUUUCAGAUGUACAUGUAUUUCAAUGGCCACUGACAUUCUUUUAUUUCAGAGAGUUGUUUUUAUUUUUGUGUUUUUUCAUAUCCCUACAUGAAGUGCGUUAGUCCCCUAAAAGCAACAUGGCAAGCAACCUCAAUUUGUUUGGUUACUGGAUACCACAUUUAGUAUAUGUCAGUCAUGUGAAGUCAUGUAUGUCAAGUAUGUUUCAGUCUUUGUUUGGUUACUGGAUACCACAUUUAGUAUAUGUCAGUCAUGUGAAGUCAUGUAUGUCAAGUAUGUUUCAGUCUUUGUUUGGUUACUGGAUACCACAUUUAGUAUAUGUCAGUCAUGUGAAGUCAUGUAUGUCAAGUAUGUUUCAGUCUUUGUUUGGAGGUGAGGGAAGACUCAGCCAAAACAAAGUAUACAGCAUGUCUCCUCUUGCUCUGCCUACACCAGAGUAUGAUACUGUUUACGCUGGAGCCCAAUCAAAACUCUGAGCCACCCGCUGAUUGCUGAAAUUAAAAGUUUAGUUCUGUCUGCAGCAGUUUUAUUAGGCUGUUUGUUUGACACCAAGCCUUUACAAUACCUCCACUGUUGAAGUCUUGGCUUUGUUUAUUUCAUAUGUUUGUAGGUCAUACGAGUUCAAUAUAAUGCCAUUCGGGUUGUUGAAUACACCAUAACAGUGGAACUGAAAAAUCUGACAAAUGUUGUUAGCCUUAUCAAAUUGAAAACAGAAUCAAAUUUGUCUGGGAAUGCCAAAUGACCUCAAGUUAACUCACCGGAUCCCCAGACUUUGCAGCUGAAUAUAUCUGUUCAAUGUUGAAAUACUGUCAACCAUUUGAACCAAAUGGGCAGAUAGCUAUUUGUAAAUAGCUAUUGGUUAUUGUAAUGUGAAUGAAUAGUACUUCCCAUUUAUCUAGAUGAUUUAAUUGAUUUUGGGAUAAAAAAUAAAUAAAUACAUACUGUUGUUGAACAAUUAAAAGUACUUUAUUUGAAAUACAACUCCAUUUCAUGUACAUGUACCAGUGUACCUACUGUGAAAUUUAAAUGAUCAAUGUAUCUUCUUAUUUUUGUAUUUUUGUACUCUCAACAUAAACUAUACUAUUUGUCA